AGCAGAAUACUCCUAUAUAGAUAGGCAGCCUCCCCCGUAAGCCGCUUCGAUUCCAUCGCGUUGCGUGGCGGCGUCUCCAACUCAAUUCAAUCCAUAGCACCGAGAAGAGCAGAGCAGUAGCGUCCUUGUUACAGGACAGAGGCAAUGGCGCCGGGGCCUUCUGUCGCGCUGCUUCUGCUCUUCUGCGCCGCGGUGGCCUUCUCCCUGGCCGUGGCCGACGCCGCCGGCACGCCGGACGGCUCCGAGGAGUGGGGCUACGUCCAAGUCCGACCAAAGGCGCACAUGUUCUGGUGGCUCUACCACAGCCCGCAGCGCGUGGACAACGGCAGGACGCCAUGGCCGACCGUGCUCUGGCUGCAAGGAGGCCCGGGCGCGUCCGGCGUCGGGUACGGCAACUUCAUGGAGAUCGGGCCGCUGGACGACGACCUCAAGCCCCGCGCCACCACCUGGCUCGCCAAGGCAGACCUCCUCUUCGUGGACAACCCCGUGGGCACGGGCUUCAGCUACGUCGAGGGCGGCGACAAGAGCCUCAUGGUGCGCACGGACGCCGAGGCGGCGCGCGACCUCACCACGCUGCUAUGCGCCCUCUACCGCGACAACCCCCGCCUCCGGGCGAGCCCGCUCUACAUCGUGGCCGAGUCCUACGGCGGCAAGUUCGCCGUCACCACGGCGCUGGCGGCGCUCAGGGCCAUCGACCAGGGCCGCCUCCGCGCCAACCUCGCCGGGGUGGCCCUCGGAGACAGCUGGAUCUCGCCCCUCGACUUCGUGUUGUCGUGGGGGCCGUUGCUGUACCAAGUGUCCAGGGUCGACGAGAAGGGCCUGCAGCAAUGCAACAGUGUGUCAGCGAAGAUCAAGGACCAGGUGGAGAAGAAGCAGUUCACGGACGCCGAGGCGUCGUGGUCGGAGCUGGAGAACGUCGUCAUCGCCAACUCCAACUCCGUCGACUUCUACAACUUCCUCAAGGACGACGCAUCGGAGGACGCGGUCUCGACGGCGGCGGCGCAGCGGCAGAGGUCGACCCUGUCGUCGUUCAGGAGGAAGAACGGCUACUCGGGAUACCUCGAGUCCAUGGCCUCAGCGCGGGAGGGCGGCUUCGACGGGCUCAUGAACACGGUCAUCAAGAAGAAGCUCGGCAUCAUCCCCAAGGAUCUCUCGUGGGGAGAGCAGUCUGGCGAUGUCUUUGACGCAAUGGCGGGGGACUUCAUGAAGCCGAGGAUCCAGGAGGUGGAUCAGCUGCUCAAGCUCGGCGUCAAUGUCACCAUCUACAACGGGCAGCUCGAUCUCAUCUGCGCGACCAAAGGCACCAUGGACUGGGUUCAGAAGCUCAAGUGGGACGGCCUCAAGAACUUCAUCAACUCACCCAGGACGCCCAUCUACUGCAGCAAGGAAGGCCAGUCCGGCACCCAAGCCUUCGUCAAGUCGUACAAGAAUCUCAAAUUCUACUGGAUACUCGGAGCUGGACACAUGGUACCCAUCGACAACCCUUGCCCUGCGCUCAAGAUGCUGGCUGACAUUACGCGAUCUCCUGCCAAGUAGGAGUAGGAGCACAGGAUGGAGUACAGAGCCUGACACCAACCAAUUCUUCAAGAUUCUUUAAUUUUCCUGUUUAAUCUCUUUGUAAUACUACAUUCAAAAAGUCUUCUUUACACAGAUACAGUCAUACAGAAAAAAAAAGAGUAAGUGCUAGCUGGUGAUGAUAGUAUGAGAGUACCAGACAUGCAAGGAAUACAGAAGAAAGGGAUAUGACAA